AGAAAUACAUACAUAGUCUGGCCCUAGCCCUGCUACACAAUGGCCCCAGACAAAAAGAGAAAGCGUUCUGAUGCGCCUACUUCGAAGCCUGCGCCUGUGGCUCCGGUCGCCGCUGUUUCGUCGCUUCUCAAAUCCGACGAAGCCUUCCCUCGAGGUGGUGCCAGCGUAUUGACGCCCUUUGAGUACAAGGAAGCAGCCAAUGAGGCUCGCCAAGAGCUGUUCAGUGAAGGUCCCAUCAGCGGGAAUGCCGACAAUGUCAAUGGCGACGAAUCUGGUGCCACGGCAGCGAAGAAGAUUAAGCGUCGAAAGUCUGGCAAGAUGGACAAGGCAGUCGCUAUCGCCAGCGAGCCGCGACAGGCCAAGAUUGAGGGACUGUCAUUUAAGCGUAUGACGCCUGGUACGCUUGUGCUUGGUCAAGUGACGGCCAUUGGCCCCGCCGAUUUGACUAUUGCGCUGCCCAACAACUUGAGCGGCUACGUGCCCAUCGGCAACAUUUCCGCAACACUCACAGCUCGUUUGACUGCAGAUGAAGACAGCGACGUGGAGAUGGAGGAUGAGGAAAAUUCGGAUUUGCCUGAUCUCGAUGACCUCUUCAGCAUUGGCCAGUGGCUGCGUUGUGCAGUGACAGCAGCCUCAAGCGGUGCAGCAGGCAAAGAUGGACUUGUAACGAAGAAGCGUAUCGACUUGUCUGUCGACCCCGAUCUUGUCAACAAAGGUCAGAUCCCUGAGACACUGCAGGCGCGGUCUGUUGUGCAAGCGGCCGUGCGUAGUAUUGAAGACCAUGGUCUUGUUAUGGAUCUCGGUAUGGACGACGCAAGCGGGUUCAUCAAGUCAAAGGAAAUCACUGAGCCGGCAGCCUCUUACAAAGUCGGACAAGUGUUGCUUUGCUCCGUCACGUCUGCUGCUUCAGGCUCUGGUCGGAAAGUCAUACAGCUCUCCCCUGAAUUGGCAAAGAAUCCCAAAAAGCUCAAAGUCAGGGAUCUUCUCGACGUCAAGGCUAUCCUUCCCGGUGAUGGUGUUGAAGUGGUGAUUGCCGAUGCACAACUCAAUUCAUUCUCUGGAAAAGUGCUUGGCCAUCUCGAAGCUACCUGCGAUGUCUUCGCCACAGGCUCAUUGGGUAGCCGCGAGUUCAAGGAAGGCGAGAAAUUAUUUGCUCGUGUCCUAUUCACUCAUACGGAGAGCGAGCCGCGUCGUAUUGCAGUAUCCUUGUUGGCACACGUCGUUGGUCUCACAACGGCAACAACAGCCACUCAGUCUACUCCACUGGAUGCCUUGCCUACUGGCUUUGUUCUCGAUGAAGCUUCUGUCAAGCACAUUGAGCCCGGUCUUGGUCUCUUUUGCAGUGUCGGCGUUGAGGGCUUGUCUGGCUUUGUUCACAUUUCUCGCAUGAGCGACGAGAAGAUCACGACCAUUGAAGCGAAUGGUCAAUAUCGGGUUGGCUCCAUGCACCGUGCUCGCGUCAUUGGCUUCAGCUCUGUUGACGGCUUGUAUCUGCUUUCCAUGGAAGACUCUAUUCUCGAGUCCAAGUUUCUCAGCGCUGCCGAUGCAUCUAUUGGCCAGCAAGUCAGCGGCACCGUCGAACGCUUUAUCAAGGGAGGCAUGUUUGUCAAACUUUCCAGCACCGUCACUGGCUAUGUGCCUGAUUUGCACAUUGCUGAUGUCAAGCUACAGUUCCCCGAGAAGAAGUUCAAGGAAGGCUCCACCGUCAAGUGUCGCGUGCUCGAUUCGGACCCUAUCAAGAAGCGCGUCACACUCACGAUGAAGAAGUCUCUCGUCAAUGCUGAGACGCCCAUCUUGUCAAGCUACGAUUCCAUUCUGACAGGUGCCAAGUCGACCGGCGUCAUUGUCAAGCUCUAUGACAGCGGUGCGCUUGUGCAGUUCUACGGUGGUGUUCAUGGCUUUUUACCUUCUUCACAAAUGAGUGAGGCCUACAUCAGCAACCCCAAGGAACACUUCAAGGUCGGCCAGACACUCGGCGUGACAGUCAUCAGUAUCAAUGUAGACGAGCAGAAGAUGACAGUCAGCUGCCGUGAUUCGAGCGCAUGGGACGAGAGCAAGCUCGACGCCUUCACUGAGCUUGCUUGUGGCUCUAUCUUGGCUGCUACAAUUACCGAGAAGACUGCGAAUAAACUUGUUGUUUCGCUCUUGCCGUCUGGCUUUACAGGCACGAUUGAUCUCGCGCAUCUCUCAGAUGGCGAUUCUAGCAAGUGCGACAAAGCCAUGGCAAAAGCGCGUGUCGGUGGACAUAUCAAAGAGCUUGUUGUUCUUGACAAGCAGGAUGCACAAAAGCAGGUCAUUCUCAGUGCCAAGCCGAGUCUCAUCAAAGCCGCCAAGGCCGGCUCCUUGCCAUCUGACUUUUCUUCGCUGCAACGCGGUCAGAAGCUUGUUGGCUUUGUUCGCAAAGCUGCUGAUUAUGGUGUGCUUGUUGGUUUUGCCAAUGGCUUGACUGGACUUUGUUUGAAGCACAAUCUCUCUGAGGAGCACGUCUCGAUGCCUGCUUCCCUGUUUUCAGUGGGUCAAUCAGUCUCUUGUACCUUCACUGAAGUGGAAGCCGUGCAGCAGCGUUUCCAAGUCUCCAUGAAGCCUGUCAGUUCGGUCAGCCAGGUUGGCCCACAGGAGCCACUCGAGGCACCGGUGGAUGGCUCACUUGCUUCUAUUGCUGAUCUUGUCCCUGGUCGCGUGUGUAAAGCGCGUAUUUCUUCCAUCAAAGAGACGCAACUCAACGUGCUAUUCGCCGAGGGUGUACAAGGCCGUGUGGACGUGUCAUCUUGUUUCGAGUCAAUUGAGGACAUCAAGGAUACAUCGAAGCCUUUGCAGCAAUUCAAGUUGCAGCAGGAAAUCACAGUCAAGGUUAUUGGGUACCAUGAUGCCAAGCUGCACAAGUUUUUGCCGUUGACACAUCGCCAGCUCAACAACAAGACCAUCUUCGAGUGUUCUGCGCGGCCGUCUGAUGUUGCAAAUAAGGGCGUGCCUAUGCUUGACUUUGAGCAAGUCAAAGUCGGCGAGCUGUACACUGCUUUUGUCAACAACAUCAAUCCUGACUGUCUCUGGGUAAACUUGUCGCCUGAGGUGCGCGGUCGUGUCAAACUGCUCGACCUGGACAUCGAUGCUUCUUCUGCUCAAUCGCCAGAAGCCAUCUCGCAGCAUUAUCCGACUGGUUCUGCUUUGCAAUGCCGUGUCACUCACCUGGAUCUCGCCACGAAACACCUAGACUUGUCCCAGCGUGCUGUUGACUCUGCUUCGGCGCCACUCACUGAUCUCGAUUCAAUUGUCAUUGGCCAGACAUAUCCGGCCAAGCUGACGCGUGUUGCCGAGUCAGGCAUGCUUGCACAGUUGACAGAGUCCAUUACGGGUCGCAUUGCAUUGACUGAUAUCUCCUCAGAUUAUCAGGAAAAGCCAACGGUGGACUUCAAGAAGCAUGAGAUUUGUCAGGUCGUGGUUAAGUCUGUGGAUGUGCCCAACAAGAAGGUUGCGCUUUCGCUGCGUCAGUCUAGUGGUCCUGAUCCUGAAAUCAGCACUGUUGCAGAUCUCAAGGUUGGUUCGCGUUAUCGUGGCUAUGUCAAGAACGUCGCCGACUCGGGUCUUUUCGUUGAGCUUGGUCGUGAUGUUGUUGCGCGUGUCAAGAUUGCUGAUGUAUCAGACGCCUUUGUCAAGAACUGGAAGAAGCUCUUUUCUGUUGAUCAGCUCGUCGCAGGCACUGUGGUUGCGGCUGACCCCAAGGCAAAGCGUGUCGAGUUUACACUGAAGAAGAAUCCUGGCAAGACUGGCAAGCAGCAGCAACUCGGUGAUCUGAAAGUUGGGCAGGUGAUUGAAGCAACCGUCAAGAAGAUUGAGGCAUUUGGCAUCUUCUUGUCAGUCAACAGCACAGGUGGCAAAGUCUCUGGUCUUUGUCACAAGUCUGAGAUUGCCGACAAGGCUGUCGCUGAUAUCAGCAAGAUCUAUUCCGUUGGUGACCUGGUCAAGGCGAAAGUUUUGUCUGUGGAGGAGAGCAAAAAGCGCAUUUCUUUUGGACUGAAGGCCUCGUACUUUGGCGAUGCUGGCGAUGUUGAUGACGAAGACGAGGACGAGGUCAUGGCUGAGGCGUCAGAUGUUGAUGAAGAGGAUGAGUUCGCGGAGGAGGAAGAGGAGGAGGAUGUGCCCUCUGCUGAUGAAGACGAGGAAAGCCAAGAAGAGGACGAGGAAGAAGCCGGCAAAUCUAGCGACGACGACGAUGAGGAGAUGGAGCAAUCAGAAAAGAAGCCCGCUCUGAAUGUUGGAGGCUUUGACUUUACUGGUGCUUCAGUCUUUGGCGACAAAGACCAAGUCGACUCUUCGUCAGAAGAAGACGAUGCUCCCAAGCCUGCAAAAGUGAAGCGUGUUAAGAAGAAGCACCUGGUUGCCGCUUCUGGCGAUGGCUCUGCGCAGUCUCCUGCUGACUUUGAGAAGCUUCUGCUUGGUGCUCCAGACUCCUCGCUCGUGUGGAUCAACUAUAUGGCCUUCCAUAUGCAACUAUCUGAAGUUGGCAAAGCACGCGAAGUGGCAGAGCGUGCACUCAAGGCGAUACAUUUCCGUCGCGAGAAGGAGAAGCUCAAUGUCUGGAUGGCGCUCAUCAACUUGGAGAACAACUUUGGUACUGAAGAGUCUCUGGAUGAAGUCUUCAAACGCUCAUGUCAAUUCAAUGAUGCGAGAGAGAUGCAUGCGCGUUUAGCAGGCGCCCUCAUUCGUUCUGGCAAGCUCGACAAGGCUGAUGCCGUCUACAGCGAAAUGGUGUCCAAGUUCUCCAACAACCUUGCUGGUUGGGUCGAGUAUGCUCGCUUCUUGGCCAACCCUGAUGAGGCGACUGGCAAGGCGGAUAUGGAGGCCGCACGUGCGCUCCUUCCUCGCGCGCUCAAGUCUUUGAGCAAAAAAGACCAACUCUCUGCUAUUCAAAAGUUUGCGCAAAUUGAGUAUCGCAUCGGUGAUGCAGAACGCGGCCGUACUUUGUUUGAGGGGCUCUUGUCUGCACACCCAAAGCGUCUUGAUCUCUGGAACGUCUUGAUUGAUAUGGAGACGAGUCAACGUCGGGAUCCAGUCGAAGUGCGCAAGUUGUAUGAACGUCUCAUGGCCAUGCCGCAAAGUUCACGCAAGGCCAAGUCUGUAUUCAAGAAAUGGCUGCAGUUUGAAAAGCAAUUUGGCACGGAGGAUGAUGUCGAGCGAGUCAAGGCACGGGCUGUUGAGUUUGUGGAGAGUCAUUAAGUAUAGAGCAAGCAUAGCGAAUGAUUUAAUUUUGUUGGUACAAUUUGCAAAGAUG